AACCACCCACUCAGGUUGGAUCUUCCUCCCAGCUGGGGGUGGGAGCGGGGAGCAGGUUCCAGCCAGGAUCACCAUUCGCUCCUAGCAAAGCAUCUUUCCCUUAGGCGUGUGCAAGAGGGGGGGCUUGCAGACUUUGCCGAACAUCGACACCCUCCCCUCCAACGCCAGUCAAAUUCCGGCAGCCUUUGGUUUGGGAACAGAAUUCUCCACAGAGCAAGGCAAUCCUUGGAUUCCUUCAGGGAACUUUGGGAGAUGGAAAAGCCAGACUCAGCGGCUCCCUGGGGAGGAAAGGACCCCGACGUCACCCAGACUGGGAGCACUGGGGAGGUCUGGGAAAGGAACGUGCAGCAGAUCCUGGGCGAGGGCAAUGCCAGCUCAGACGUCCAGCGCCAACACUUCCGGGCGUUUUGCUACCAGGAUGCCGAGGGCCCCCGCGAGGUCUGCAGCCGCCUCCACCACCUCUACCGCCAGUGGCUGAAGCCGGAAAAGCUCACCAAGGCCCAGAUGCUGGACCUGGUGGUUCUGGAGCAGUUCCUGACUAUCCUCCCCCCGGAGAUGGAGAGCUGGGUCAGGGAGUGCGGAGCGGAGACCAGCUCCCAGGCAGUGGCCCUGGCCGAAGGCUUCCUCCUGAGCCAGACGGAAGAGAAGAGGCAGGAAGAAAAGGAGCAGGUUCAAGGUACGAGAAAAGGGGCUCCUUCUUCCCCCAAAGUAGAUAAGGUCCCGCCAGCCAGCAGGAGGAGGCAGCUGUUCCGAGGAGCCAUUCCGGGGGGCGUUGGAGGGGAUGCUUCUACCUUGCUGGAUAGCCAAGCUCCUCUGGCGGAUGGUCUCAGCCCUUCCUUAAUGUGUGACGGAGCGGAAAUGGUUGCUGCGCAGUUGCCCGGACAGGGCCCGGUGACCUUUGAGGAGGUGGCUGUGUACUUCACAGAGGAGGAGUGGGCUCUGCUGCAUCCAGACCAAAGAUCUCUGCAGUGGGAGGUCAUGGUGGAGAAUUAUGGGAACUUGGUCUCUCUGGGUGAAGCGAUGGAGAGCGGGAUCAUUGCCAAACAGCAGAGAAGUGACUUGGAGCCGCGAGAACCGGUUUGCAAGGCGGAGGGUGUCUUGCUUGAAGGAGCCAACUUCCACAAAGCCCCGACGCAAGAAAAAUGUUGGGAUGGAAACGAAAUGCAGGCGCUCCCUCCCUUGUGCGUGGAAAGCAUGGUGAGCAAGCUCAGCAUCCGAAGGCAUCAGAGGAUCAACAAGCGGGAGACCCUUCUGGAAUGCUCCGAGUGCGGAAAGGUCUUCAACCGGCGCUACAGCCUCACCAGACACCAGAGAGUCCACACGGGCGAGAAGUGGUGGAUCUGCUCGGUUUGCGGGAAGAGCUUCAGCCAGAGGUACCACCUCACUCGGCACCAGCGAGUCCACACAGGGGAGGAGUGGUGGAUCUGCACGGUGUGCGGGAAGAGCUUCCGGUGCAGCAACAGCCGCCUGAGGCACCAAAGGAUCCACACGGGCGAAAAGCCGUUCGAGUGCUCCGAGUGCGGGAGGCGCUUCAGCGAGAGCUCCACGCUGUACAAGCACCAGAGGGUCCACACCGGGGAGAAGCCGUACAAAUGCCUGGACUGCGGGAAGAGCUUCCGCCAGAAGAUCAACCUCACCCGCCACCGGACGGUCCACACGGGGGAGAGGCCGUACCCGUGCGCCGAGUGCGGGAAGAGCUUCAGUCAGAGGGUGAGUCUGACUCUGCACCGCACCAUCCACACCGGGGAGAAGCCCUACAAGUGCUCGGAGUGCGGGAAGGGCUUCAGCCAGCGGAUCAACCUCACCUCGCACCAGAGGACCCACACGGGGGAAAAACCGUACCAGUGCUCCGAGUGCGGGAAAAGCUUCAGCCGAAGCAACAGCCUCGCUUAUCACUUGAAGCACCACAUAAAUGUUCAGUGCGUUGAACUUGUGCCGGAAGAGAAACCAUAGAUCAGUGGUAAUUUUUUAAAACGAGGGAAACUCUGGGGAAUUUUUAGAAAUGCUCAGAACUUGAGAUGGUGCAUUGGUCCUGCCUUUUAAAUGACUUGUGUCUCUGGUGGUCAUAGA